GUUCUAGUCGCUAAUACUUGAACUUUUCUUAGACACUUCCCAUCCUUCCGAUAUAAAAACAACAGGCUAGCCACUUCAUAUUCGAUAGUUUGACUAUUUUUUCAUCUGAAAUUUGCUAUUGCAUACAAUUAUAUAUUAUUUAAACAGUUCCCCCCCUAAUGUCGUUUGGCCAAACUACUCCCUCUUGGGACUUUGAUUCUCAAAGCCAUAUCAUCGACACAAAUAUGGUCCACUCUGCUCUUCAGUUGAACCAAGAGAAUAUUAAUAUGUUCAAUAACCAACAACCAGCUGAAGUACCUUACCAUCAGCCUUAUGGUAAUAUUCCAGUUCAAGCAACACUGUCUCAGUUUCCAGAUUGCGAAGUGAUUGAUUCUAUUUUAUUUGACCCAGAAGAUCCCAGAAACUAUGAGACGAUCCCCCAAGAUAUUCAAAUAGACACUUCUAAUGAAUCGUCACCUAAUCUUGUCAACUCCAUGGUGUCACCACAAACGUCAGAUACUUCUGGUAUGGGCGGCUAUGAAACCAAGGUGGUUCCUCUGAAUGGGCGCUCUCCUUCUAGCUCGUCCGAGUCUGACAAACCAACAAAAAAAUCAAAAUCCAGAAGACAGUUGCUGGAUGAACAAGACGCUGCUUUGAUAGCUAGAGAUGAUUCCGAAUUAACCGAGGAAGAGUUGCAAUUAAAACGUAAGGCUCAGAACAGAGCUGCCCAAAGAGCAUUCAGAGAACGUAAACAAACCAAAUUAAAGGAAUUGGAAGCAAAGUUAUUACAAAGUGAAGAGGAAAGACAGAAAUUAGUUGAAGAAUUAAACUUGAUCAAGAAGCAGAACAUUUCCAUAUCGACCGAAAAUGAAAUUUUGCGAUCUAGUAAGAUUAGUCAGGGUGGCGUUAAUAGUUCCAUCAGUCAAAACAAACCAGUAACUACUUUCAAUUUCCCUCAAAAUCAAGAUGAUUUCAUAGAACGUAUAGUCAAAGGAACAGUACAUCAUGUGUUCCCAGAAAGCAAGAACAAAGUUUACGAUAAUGACGGUGAUAAAUUGUUAGCUUUGGGUGCCGUUUGGGAUUAUUUGCAAAUCAAAGCAGAAGAAGCUAAUCUUGAUUUUAAUUCUAUUGAUAUCAACGAGAUCAUGGAAACCUUGAGAGGACAUGAGAGAUGCCAUGGGUUUGGACCGGCAUACCCCUUAGACUUGGUGAAUCAGGCUAUUCAAUCCAGUCUUCACCAAGCCUGAGAAACGAAAUUGAUUUUUGUUUUGUUUGACAUUUAUAGUUUGCAUUUUUUUUUUUGUAUAAAGUAUUGUAAUUCAAAUAUUUAACUUAAUAAUAUAAGGGCACAUUUUAUAUACAGAUGUAAUUGUAAUCUCCACCUUGGGUCUAAUAUAUGGAGAAACACUACAGAAAAAUCAUGGUAUGCCAAAAUUCCUUGUUUU